UAUAACCCUUUUUACCCAUGGUCUUAGCCUAUAUAUACCCAAGUCUUAGCCACAAACUUUUCACAACUUAAAAACAACACACCAAAAUGAGUUCUUCAUUUUGGUCUUUAUGUUUGAUCUUAGCAUCACUAGUUUCUUCUUCACUCUGUGCUCCUCCAAGGAAGCCAGUUGAUGUACCAUUUGGAAGAAACUAUUACCCCACUUGGGCUUUUGAUCAUAUCAAAUACUUCAAUGGUGGUUCUGAGAUUCAACUUCAUCUUGACAAGUACACUGGUACUGGUUUUCAGUCCAAAGGUUCAUACUUGUUUGGUCAUUUCAGUAUGAACAUUAAGAUGGUUCCUGGUGAUUCAGCUGGCACAGUCACUGCUUUCUAUCUAUCUUCACAAAAUGCUGAACAUGAUGAAAUAGAUUUUGAGUUCUUGGGGAACAGAACAGGACAACCUUACAUUUUACAAACAAAUGUGUUCACUGGUGGACAAGGUAACAAAGAACAAAGGAUCUUUCUUUGGUUUGAUCCUACAAAGGAGUUUCACAGAUACUCUAUUCUAUGGAACAUGUACCAGAUUGUGUUUUUUGUAGAUGAUGUACCAAUCAGGGUGUUCAAGAACAGCAAGGACUUAGGAGUGAAAUUUCCAUUUGACCAACCAAUGAAAAUUUACAACAGUUUAUGGAAUGCAGAUGAUUGGGCCACAAGGGGUGGAUUAGAAAAAACUGAUUGGUCAAAAGCACCAUUCAUAGCAGGUUACAAAAGUUUCCACAUUGAUGGUUGUGAAUCAUCUGUUAAUGCAAAGUUUUGUGCAACACAAGGUAAAAGAUGGUGGGAUCAACCUGAAUUUCGUGAUCUUGAUGCUGCUCAAUGGCGUAGACUAAGAUGGGUGCGCCAAAAAUACACCAUUUAUAACUAUUGCACCGAUAGGAAACGUUUGCCUCAAAUUCCACCUGAAUGCAAAAGAGACCGUGACAUAUAAAUUUUCAUCAUAUGAUAUGAUAUGAUACUUUAUUUGUAUUAUUUGCUAUCUUAUAUGCUUCCAACACCAUGUCACAUUGUUGUCACGCAUUCAAGACAAUUUCAUAUCUAAUAUUUCCUUGUAUUAGACAUAUAUCAUUAUCAUUAUUUAUUGCCACUAUUGUUCCAUCGAGUUCUGUAUAUUGAGAAGAAGUGAAGUUAUGUAUUUGUAAUUUUAAUUUUAUUUAUUUUAUUCGGCUGUGCUAAUAAUGGCAAGUGCUAAAGAACCAGUUGUAAUUUGCAUA